AUGCCUUAUCGCAUUGAGCAAGCCGAACACCUGGAAACCCCCGUCGACAAAGCGCGGCGGCAGAGCGUUGCCAGCAUGGCGCAGAAUGCUACCGGCGAGAUUAAAAACCCACUCGCCGGCGUACCAAAGGCAGAGCUCCUUCGAGACGUCGAAACUUACGCCCAGGAGCAUGCAUUGAAUGAGGCACUGCCAUACCUCCGGAAAGGCGCCCUUGUUGCCCAAAACCCCGGUGACCUGGAGUCGCUCGAAGAUUUGAAUGAAGAAGACCGGAAAAUUCUCAGAGACGAGCAUGAACACCGAUGGAGGCACCCAAGAUCGCUCUACUAUACUAUCCUCUUGAAUUCCAUUUCCGCUGCCAUCCAGGGUUGGGACCAGACGGGUUCAAACGGAGCCAACUUGUCGUUCCCGCAAGCCUUCGACAUUGCGGAUACUGGCAAGGCUUGCACAGCCGCCGGUACUUGCGAAAGGAAUUCUUGGAUCGUUGGGGCCAUCAAUGGCGCGCCGUACAUGGCUAUCGCCCUUUUUGCUUGCUGGCUCUCCGACCCUCUGAACGAUCUCAUCGGCCGCCGAGGAGCAAUCUUUGUUGGCGCCAUCUUCAGCCUGUUCGCCCCCAUAGGCCAAGCCCUUGCUCAAAGUUGGCCGCAAAUAUUGAUUUGCAGAAUUCUACUUGGCAUUGGAAUGGGCCUCAAGGAGGUCACAGUUCCCGUCUUCUCAGCCGAGAAUGCACCUACCAGCAUCCGCGGAGCUUUGGUGAUGUCAUGGCAGCUCUUUGUUGCUUUCGGUAUCAUGCUAGGCUUCACCGCAAAUCUUGUCGUGGUUAGCACCGGAGACAUCGCUUGGAGGCUUCAAUUUGGGUCAGCAUUUAUUCCAGCAGUUCCGCUACUCAUUGGAAUUUACUUUGCCCCAGAGUCUCCUAGAUGGUUGAUCAAGAAGGGCAGGCAUGCCAAAGCAUACAGGUCGCUUCUCCGACUCCGCAACUCACCACUCCAAGCUGCCAGGGAUCUGUAUUACAUUCACUCGCAGUUACUCGCCGAGGAGGUGUUGUUAAAAGAGGAGGGACUUGACAAGGCGAACUUUUUCGCAAGAGCGGUGGAACUGUUCACCGUUCCCCGAGUGCGUCGGGCAACGCAGGCUUCUGGAAUCAUCAUGAUUGCCCAGCAGAUGUGCGGUAUCAAUAUCAUUGCUUUCUACUCAUCGACUAUCUUUUCCCAAGCGGGAGCGAGCAAAAUUACAGCGCUGCUCGUGUCAUGGGGUUUUGGAAUGACAAUGUUCGCUUUUGCUUUCCCAGCCCUAUACACGAUCGACACUUGGGGCCGUCGCGUCCUUCUCAUCGCCACAUUCCCUUUCAUGUUCCUCACUCUGCUCGGGACAGGCAUGUCGUUUUAUAUCCCUGAAUCCUCCAAUGCUCACCUUGGUCUGAUUGCAUUUUUCAUCUUUGCAUUUGUUGCCUUUUACUCCCCCGGAGAAGGUCCCUGUGCGUUUGUCUACUCUGCCGAGGUCUUCCCCCUUUCCCACAGGGAGAUGGGCAUGUCGUGGGCGGUGGCGACAAAUAACUUUUGGGCUGCUGUAUUGGGACUUACAUUCCCGCGCAUGCUGCUCGCAUUCACCCCUGCAGGAAGUUUUGGGUUCUAUGCAGGAUUGAACGUCGUGGCGCUCGUGGCAAUCUUCUUGUUUAUGCCGGAGACGAGCAAGAGGAGCCUAGAGGAACUCGACUAUGUUUUCGCUGUCCCAACAACAGUUCAUGCGAAAUACCAACUCACAAAGGUUUUGCCGUGGUGGGUCAAGAGAUAUGUGCUUCGCCAAAAGGAUGCAGUCGAACCAGAACUGUAUCAUUUUGAGAGCAUCGAGGCAUACCCGAGGGGAAUGAAUCGCACAGAUGACCGGGAUGAGAAGAAUUAG